AUGGUCACGAAAAAUUACAACGAAUAUGUAACACAUAGGAAAACGCAUCAACCCUUCACCUAUGAAUGUAGAGUGCCCGGUUGUGGGCGGACAUUUGACCACAAAGCAUCAUUUUGCAAUCACAAGCAAACGCAUAAACCUCAUCCUCAGUGCGAGUACUGUAACAAAUUCUUCACCUGCAAGAGUGGACUACAAAAUCACAAAAGGCGUUGCCAAACAAAGUCUUGUUAG